AUGAGCAGUGUCGAGUCCCCACACAACGACUGCAAUAGUAAAUCUGCGGUUUCUGUAGUAGUACACAGAACGACAUCGUCAUCAUCACAUGAUUCUCGUUUGACAAAUAAUGGGCAAAAUUUAUGGAAUCGUUCAUCUGAUGUGCAGACUGACGAUAUUCAGACCGACUACCAACCUCCAGACUGGAACUCGAAUGAUGAAUCUACUGCAGACGAUAGUGCGAGUCGUACUGCCUUUCAUUUGAAUACAAAUGACAGUCGAAAUAGCACACCUUUGCCAGGUGGAAAUAGUUUUCGAAAUUCCACAGCGGAUUCUGUAAUGUCUAGCGAUCCGUCAGUGGUUCCUCCCGUAAAUAUGAAAGUUCGUCCACUCACGCUGUAUGGAAAAGACAUUCUUCGCAUCUUUCCAUUCGGAACGACGUCAGAAGAUAUUAAACCUGUGAAAUGGUCGGAUACUCUCGGCGCUAUCGACGUUGAAGAUGAUUAUUCCAUUCGAGAUCCUCAUUUUGAUCUUACUAAUGGAAAAAUUACCAAACUCUUUUCACUGUCUAGCCCCGACGAAAAUGGAAUGUUAUCGUACGAAGGUUUUCGGCGUGGUUUGGAGGCAAUGGGCAUCGCUUGUGAUAGCAAUCAACAGUUUCAAGCAUUUUUGGAUGUUGUUGAUGACGAUAAGAAUGGUGUCAUUUCAUUUGAUGAAUUUCUCUGCGCAAUUCAAGAAAUCAAAUUGGCACAGCUAUUCAAUGAACCAUUCAUUCGUACGAUGCCAGCAUUGUACCAAAGUCUUCCGUCACCUGUAACUCUCGGCGCUAUUGAGUACUCCUCAGAUCGCAUUCGAUGUGUGUAUCCGAUCAAUAAUGUCAAGGGUUUCAUCUAUUCAAAGCCCCCAUCCUGGGCAAGUGUGCGCUGGAUUAACGUCGAAGGGAUCAAUACUUUACUAAUUCGUCGUCUUUCUGUUCGUUAUCGACUUCAUCCUUUAGCAAUUGAAGAUACACUAGGACCAGACGUGAAGCGACCAAAAUACGUAAAAUUUGACGAGCAUUCGUUUUUAAUUCUUCAGACGCUGCAUCCACGAAAGAGAUGCAUUGUGAGGACGUAUCAACAAAUGUACCGCACUGCCCACUUGAUGCUACUGGACGACAAGUCACCUUUUGACAAAAUGAGCUUUACUGAGCUUGAAAACCGACUCCAAGAGCUUGAAGCUGGUCGUGUCAUGUCUCCACCCUCCCAGCUGAGCUUGUACGUAAUGGAAGGUGCACUUAUUAGCGUACAGGGUGAAAAUUCGCUUUGGUAUGCUUUAAAGAAACGAUUGCAUGUCUCGUAUUCUAAAGUUCGCCAGCACAGCACAGCUUUUCUCAUGUAUACGAUUAUGGAUCUCACGGUGAAUGAACUCUCACCGAUUUCACAAACUUUUGGUGCCAAAUUAUUGAUGCUACACCGUUUGAUGUCACUUGACACACGGCACUUUGACGUUCGACGAAUUGCUGCAACUUUAAAACAAAUUAAAAUUCUGCAGAUGUAUUGUAAACCAAUGCGUGAAGUCAUUUCCAAGUUGAUUGUAUCGAAUGAUUAUCAAGGCGAGACUCUUCAGUAUUUUGCUGAUGUACAAGAACAUCUCACAACUAUCGAGGAAGAGUGUGCGUACAAUUUAGAUCGUUGUCAUAAUCUGGUGGAUGAAUUUAACAACACUCGAGCUUCGCAGCAGAAUGAUGUGAGCUACAUCUUGGCACUAAUUGCUGCAAUUUUUCUACCAGCACAAUUUCUUACUGGGGUGUACGGCAUGAAUUUUCCGUAUGUCCCCGAACAGACUUAUUACUAUGGAUAUUUUAUCUGGUGGGCUGUCAUGAUCGUAGCUGCUGGACUCAUUAUCAUUUUUUUCAAAUGUAAACAAUGGAUCUAG